ACAAGUCUCCAAGGGGAAAGCACAUAUGGCACCGCUUCAGGUGCACUUGGCUCUUUCACUAACCUUGCUUAGACCUUCCUGGAGUAGUGCAAGAACUCAUCAGUCCACCAUGUCUCCUGGGAAAGCUUUCCAGCUCUCUGGGGAAGAACAGCAACCUCUUGCAUUUGCCAUCUCUCAGACUUCCUGAAAGGAAGGGGAUGAGAAACAGAAAAGGUCCAUGAACCUCUGGAAGACACCACCUUACCCAGGGUGCAUCAUCUCAAGGGACUUCCUGAGAUGCCUGCCCACACAAAUUCAUCCCCAGCCAGGCAAGGGACCUGUGUCACCAGUGUGAGAGAAGAAUCUCCCAAGCACACUGUGGAUUUUUUGUCUGUACGUGUUAUUGGAUUCUCUACCUUUUACUGACUCACCAAAAAAAGAGAGAAAAGGGAUCAAACAGAAAUUGUUGACUUGUCAUUUCUGCCUAAGGACUAACUGGAUUUUAUGGCCUCUGCUGGAGAAGCUACCUGGACCAUGGGAAAUGCAGCAGCUUGUGAUGCACCUUUGCUGAGCAAGGUUUUCUGCAUGGAAUUCGAGCACUGAGGUGCCUUAAGUUAAACCAUAUGCAAGUUGCACUGGUUGUUGUAACUGUGCUCCUGAAACCACUCCAGACUCCUCCAGGGCUUUCCAGAUCAGUAGCUCCUCACACAGUUUGGAUGUUUCCAAUUGACAUUUGAAUGUUCUCAUCCAGCCUGGUGUGGCUGUGAGAAGCCAGCUUUUCCCUGUGAGGUUCAUGGUGAGUUUUGCAGCCUCACUUCCCAGCGUGGCCUGUGGUAUGGCAGCGACCUACAGGCUGCUGGUGACCUCAGUGAACUGCUACAGCAGCGUGGUGGUGGAGCAGCACUCCCAGCACACCGUGCACUACUGCCCAGGCUCCUGCCAGCUCCUCAGACAGGGACUCACCUGCAGAGUUGCACACCACGGUGUCUGUGCAGAGCUCAGCGUCCAAGAUGCCAACCUGGACCAUAAAAUUCCUGCUCCUGAAAAUGGUCUUGCCUUGGCUGGAAAUGAGGACUAUCACCAGAUCCUCCCAAAUAGUGCAAGAAUCAAGAAGGGCUCUUCAGUGCAAGCAUCCAGCAGUUUAAAAGACAUUACUGGUGAGGCAAUAAACCUUGCCAGUGGUAAAAUAAAGGAAUUCUCCUUUGAAAAGCUCAAAAACUCUUCCAGUCAUGUGGCCUACAGAAAGGGAAGGAAAGUUCGGUCAGAAUCUUUCAGCAGACGAUCCUUUGAUUUUGACUUGAUUUAUGGGCACUUUAACAAUGAUGAGAACUGCCCUCCAUGUGGCUCUUUGCAGAGUCCCUCACCUGUGGAGAAGUGGCAGGAGAGCAACGAUGCUCCAGAAGUCACCAUGAAUCCUGUGGUUCCUUUUGGUCCUCAUUCCUUCCCUGAAGAAAACUUCAUCACCCAGAUUUUAGAAAAGCACAAGCUAGAUGGUUCUUCUGGUGGGGAUAUUAAGGUGUGCCUGGACAUCUUGCUUAAGUGCUCAGAGGAUCUGAAAAAGUGCACAGACAUAAUCAAACACUGCAUCAAGAAGAAGUCUGCAGACGUCGUUGGUGGAGGGAACAGCAAUGAUCCCCUGGCUAAUUCAGAGAUGAUUUACAUGAAUCUGAUGACAAGAUUUUCUUCCUACCUGAAGAAGCUGCCCUUUGAGCUGAAGACAGCGGGGCAGAGAGAAGCAGGUGACUGGGCAGAGCUCAUGAACUGUUUCCAUGGCUUGCAGCAAACUCCCUUUCCCCUGGUGUUUGGUGAUGAGCAGCCACCCAGGUAUGAAGAUAUCAUCCAGCUGCCAUCCUCAAGUGCAGUUCCUCUUGUUGUACCAGGCCAGGGUGAGGUGACGAGCACCUCCCAGUCCAUCCAGACAGGCACUGUGAGCUUCACCUCCAGCUCCGUGCCUGCUGUCCCCCCAGAGAGCAGCGUGAGAGCUGUGAAAGAUGCUCCACCUCAGUCCCCAGCCCCGAGCCCCCGCGACUGCCCGCCUGCCACUGAGGCGCUGUACAUCGAGGAGGAGACUGAUGGGGACAGAGCAGCAGGGACACAGAGCAAGGCAGAGCACAAGAGGGGCUGGCAAAGCCUGGAGCACAGCCACCAGCGAGCUGCUGGGUCAGACCUUCCUGCUGAUGCUAAAGUGGAGCAGGCCAGGGCAGGAGAGGCUCCUGAGAAAACUGCUCCUUUAAAACCAGUGUUGGGUCCUGUGUCGGGUGGUGCCCAAGCUGCUGUCCCCAGAGGAGCCCAGACAUGCAGUAGGGUGGACAAGGAGGAGAUAGACAAACUGCUGCUGGACUUGGAAUGCUUUUCACAGAAAAUGGAGAGUACUCUGAGGGAACCCUCUCAGAAGGAGGGUGAACCUGCCUCACUGCAGGUGUCUGGCAGGCAGGGUAGGCAGGCUCCACCUCUGGCUCUUGAACCCAAAAGCAAACCUGCUGAUCCCUCUUCUUUGUCAAAAAUCAUGGAAACCAACGGUCAUAAAAUGGAAGAGGAUGACAAAGCCCUUUUACUGCGUAUCCUGGGAAGCAUUGAGGACUUUGCUCAGGAGCUGGUGGAAUUCCAGACAGGCAAGGGAAGUUUGUCCAAGGAGAGGGAAGUGAUGCAAAUUCUCCAGGAAACUUUAGCAACUCCUUCACAGUCCCUGCUUGCAGGGCAGAAGAGCCAUAUUGGAGCUGCCUCCAGAGACUCUGUUCCAGCUUCAAUUCAGCAGGCCCCAGAAGUAAUAAAGGCUCAAAGUAAACAAGAGAAGAAGUCAGGAACUUCAUCCCCAGCCCCCCUGCAGCCUGUGGUUAGCACUUGCACUCCUCAGCCUGUGAAUAAAGCCACCAGCAGUACCCCUGUGCCCAUAAACAUUCCACGUUUCUACUUCCCUAAAGGACUCCCAAAUGUCUGCACUAACCAUGAAGAAAUCAUUGCCAGGAUUGAAGAGGCCUUUGCAGAGUUUGAAGAUGAGAAAGCAAACAUCUGUGAAAUGGGGAAAAUUGCUAAGAUCUGUGGCUGCCCACUCUACUGGAAAGCGCCUCUGUUCAGUGCGUCAGGGGGAGAGAGGACAGGACGUGUCUCUGUGCACUCCUUUGUGUCCAUGUGGAGAAAGAUCCUGAGGAACUGCCACGACGAUGCCUCCAGGUUCACUUCCCUCCUGGCAAAGCCUGGCUGUGAUUGCCUGCAACAGGAGGACUUCAUCCCUCUGCUCCAGGACGUGGUGGAAACGCAUCCUGGCCUCACGUUCCUGAAGGACGCUCCGGAGUUCCACUCCCGCUAUAUCACAACGGUUAUACAGAGGAUAUUCUACACAGUCAAUCGAUCCUGGUCGGGGAAGAUCACUCUAACAGAGCUGAGGAAAAGCAACUUCCUGCAGACUCUUGCUCUCUUGGAAGAAGAGGAUGACAUAAAUCAGAUCACAGAUUACUUCUCCUACGAGCACUUUUAUGUUAUAUACUGCAAAUUCUGGGAGCUGGAUACUGACCAUGACCUUUACAUCAGCCAGAAGGACCUGGCUAGGUACAGUGAUCAAGCUUUGUCAAACAGGAUCAUUGAGCGGAUAUUCAGCGGUGCUGUGGUGAGAGGCACUGAAGUUCAAAAGGAAGGGCGUAUGAGUUACGCAGAUUUUGUGUGGCUCCUGAUCUCGGAGGAAGACAAAAGGAGUGCUACAAGCAUCGAGUACUGGUUCCGCUGCAUGGACCUGGAUGGGGACGGGGUGCUGUCCAUGUACGAGCUGGAAUUCUUCUACGAGGAGCAGUGUGAGCGCAUGGAGGUGAUGGGCAUAGAGCCUCUGCCCUUCCAGGACCUGCUGUGCCAGAUGCUGGACCUCGUUAAGCCAGAGAGGGAAGGAAGAGUAACCUUGAGAGACCUGAAGAGGUGCAGAAUGGCUCAUGUGUUCUUCAACACCUUCUUCAAUUUAGAGAAAUAUCUGGACAAUGAACAGAGGGAUCCCUUUGCAGUGCAAAAGGACAUGGACAGCGACAGCCCCGAGCCCUCGGACUGGGACAGGUACGCGGCUGAGGAGUACGAGAUCCUGGUGGCCGAGGAGUCUGGGCACGAGCAGCUGCAGGAGGGAUCAUGUGAAGAAGACUAUGACACAGAUGAAGUCUUACCUCCCCCUGAAACUGGAGACAAGUCAGACAAACUAGUUAUCUCAGACCUCUGAGCACAGAGGAGUGGAAGACAGCCCAUAUCUUUCAAAUUGGAUAGCAUUCAGUCCCAAGGCACUUGGGGGUUUUCCUUAAAUCCAUCAUUGGAACAAUGUGCUUUAUUCUGUACACUGAAACUUGAGACCCCUUUUUGUCUUCCUGUGUAAUUGCAAUAAGGUAAUUUCUAUGAAAAGGCUUUUUACAAUGUGUUAUUGUGCACACUCACUGAAAAUGGUGAUUGCACCUUGUUUCAUUUAUAUAUAAAUUCUGUUAUGUCCCCAGAUGUGCAAUAAAUGCCAGCAUCUAAUGAUUACCUGUAACAGCUGCAUGCAACAUCUGUAGUGGUCAUUUCUCUGUCCUGUGCCACUCUGUCCCCUUGGCUUUAUACCAGGAGUGACAAAAGAGCUGCCAGAUUAACUUAAAAGUGUGUCUAGAAAUCUUUUAAAACACAAGUGACAGUGACAUUCUUUUUUUCCUCCGUGUCCUGGAAACGAAGGGACCGUGCCUGUGCAGGGGGAGUGAAGUCCCUUUGUGCUUUGCUCCAAACUCUUCCCCUGUUCCACUGCUGUGGAGCUGUCAGCAGUGCCAGCACUUUGCCGUGUCCUGUUCUCUAGGAAUGUGAGGUAGAGUUACCU